CGGCAUAAUCUCAUCUUCCCUCUCCUCCUCUCCUCUCCUCCUCCUCCUCCUAUCGUCUCCUCAUCCACAGCAGCGCGCCUCGGACGCCUUGUGACCAGCAGCACCGAGAGGAGAACAAACAGUCGGACGAACCAGCCGUCCUGCACCGCGACAACCAACCCCCCAAAACACACGAUGACCUUCUUACAGAUACGAGAGACGCAAACUGUUAUUUGACAACUUCCGAGCCCGCGCCUUGCCUCCGCCGCUCCCUGCUGCAUCCGGCCUCGGUCCGUCUAUCUCACCCCCCCUUCCCUCCUCCUCCCCAGCCCUCCACCUGUGUGGGACCAUGAUGCUCAGCAGCUCCGUUGUGGAGGUUCCCAGCCCGGGCGGGAUGGGCGGUCUCAGCGGGCUGAGCGCGGCAGCGGCUCGGAACGUGGUGCGCUCCUCCAGCAUCUCGGGGGCCAUGUACGGCCUGGAGAAGAGUCCCGGCGGCGGGGGCCCGGACUCCGCUUCGCUGGCCGGCAACAAGAAGCGGCGCUCCAGUCUGGGCGCCAAGAUGGUGGCCAUCGUGGGGUUGUCGCAGUGGAGCAAGAGCACACAGCAGCUCCACCAGCAAGACGGCGGGACGAAGAAGCUUCGCAGCACCAUCCGACGGAGCACGGAGACCGGCAUCGCCGUGGAGAUGAGGAACCGAGUGACACGGCAGGGCAGCAAGGACUCCACCGACGGCAGCACCAACUCGAAUAGCUCCGACGGAACGUUCGUCUUCCCCACCACACGCCUGGGGCCCGAGAGCCAGUUCAGCGACUUUCUGGAUGGACUGGGGCCCGCGCAAAUUGUCGGCCGGCAAACGCUGGCUACGCCCUCCAUGGGGGACGUCAACGUGGGCAUGGUAGACAGAGGAGGGCAGCUGGAGGUGGAGGUCAACCAGGCUAGAGGGUUGACAGCCAAGCCGGGCUCCAAGAACAUGCCAGCGACCUACGUCAAGGUGUACGUGCUGGAGAACGGCCUGUGCUUGGCCAAGAAGAAAACCAGAGUAGUGAAGAAGAAUCUGGACCCCACCUACCAGCAGGCUCUGUUGUUUGAUGAGAGUCCUCUGGGCAAAGUCCUCCAGGUAAUAGUCUGGGGGGAUUACGGGCGAAUGGACCACAAGUGCUUCAUGGGAAUGGCCCAGAUCCUUCUCGAGGACUUGGACCUGUCCGCCACAGUCAGCGGCUGGUACAAGCUGUUCCCUACCUCCUCUCUGGCAGAUCCCAGCAUCGGACCCCUCACCAGACGCCUCUCCCAAUCCUCCCUGGAGAGCGCCACGAGCCCCUCGUGCACCUAGACACCUAGUAGACACCCACAUGCACGGGCACAAGGCAGAGUCAUGCAGACACGUACUGUAUAUACACAACGACUAAGUGCAAGACAGGUAGCCAUACACGUACACACAUAUACCCACGUGCAUCGGUGGAGGGAGACACAUUUGACAUAAAAGUCCAAAUACAUGACGUCAUCCACAUGACUACACACACUACGUCCACAUACUCACAUUCUUCUCAGUACUUUUAGUUGAGAAAAACAGAGCAAAUUCAACUUGAAGUAGUCUUAGUAGUACACCAGAACAUGUAGCAUUUUCCACUGUCCCAUUUCAACAUUUCUUACCACGAAACAGCAAAUCUGCAUUCCAAUGUACCAGAUCGUGGCGCGACGCAUCCCAGGGUCAUGUGACCCCGAUGCCAGUUUCUAAACCCUCUAUGCCAAACUAAGGAAAAAAACUUUAUUUUUUAAAACCAAAGCAAUUGUUAUUGUUGUUACUACUAUAGGUCGUCGGUGAACUAGUAUACAAUAUAAAGUAUGGAUAUGUAGCAGAGUCAAUGACUUAGAUGUAAUGCAAAAAACAACAUACAUUCUACACGCGUGAGCUGAGAACGACAUAAACAUAACAGGCUCGAGAAGUCCCACAACGGCUGUUAUGUGAGGUAGCAACACUGCUAUUCUUUAAUUCCUACAGGGCAGAGUUUAUAUUACAAUGUGUGCGUGUGAAUAGAUAUAUAUAUCUAUAUAGAUAUAUCUAUAAAUAUAAAUAGAUAGCUAAAUACUUAUUUGUAUUUAUGUAUCGGCUGCACUCUGCAUGUUUGCUUGCAACCCUCGUAGAGACAUUUUCAAGCGCUUCAAUCAUUUUAUCAUCGCCUCGACCAAUGUAGCAGAUAUAGAGCCACUUUAUUGCACUGAGCAGGGUAGGAGGAUGGGGCUUCGAGGGGGGGGGGCUGUCAGGGCCCAUUAGAGGAAAAGACACCAGGUUACAUUUUGGAUCCUUCAUCUUAAAAGCUUAAUAGUAAAGGACUGCUGCGCCACUCCGGGCAUACUGCACAAAGGCUUCCUGGGAAACGUGUCCAGCUGGAGUGCCCCCCCCCCCCCACCUCCCCUUCCCUCUAAAACCAGCACUCCGACAUGUUUGAACUUCCGGUUAGUUUCCUUUUUGAUUCUCACACUCUACAUGAUGAAGGAAGACGGCGAGCGUGCUUCUGUCUGCGUGCAAACAUGACACACGGCUCGUGGCAUCUGCCACUUUUAACCCGUCUGCGUGGUCACCCUUCUCUGUGUAACCUCUCUUGUUGUAAAUGUGUCAACUUAUAUUGAAAUCCAGAUCAUUCUUCCUAUUCUUUCUUUUUUUUUUUAACAGCUGACUAUAUUGCCAGUGUUACUAUUGGAGCAGGUUGACUGUUGAGCUGCUGUGUGCCGUAGUGUCACUCUUUAUAUUUCCUGUUAGGCAGCGUGUUUGUGUUUUAAGAUGGCACUUUAAUGAAAUAUAUUUACGUUUGAAUGACAAAGAUGCAGGUUUGACAACCUGCUUGUUUAUUGUUGAAGAUUUGAAUUGAUAGAUAUGUAUAGAGUGUAUUUUAUCAAGGCCCGCUAGGGCAGCUGAAACUGGUCACUGCUGUCCCUGAUUUUAGCAUCUUAAUAAGUGACUUGUUUGCAAAGCACUUUGAUAUUUGCAGCAUCGGCACAGUAAAAAACUAAACGAUUACGACAAGCGCUCCGAAAACAACCAUUUACUACAAUGCGUUUGUAACACGCGACGUAUUUAAACUUUCUCCUCUGUUGAGAGAGUCUUAAGUUUCUUCUUUAACGUUUACCUCGCACAAUUGCCAACGCCACUUUGAUCUCGUCAUCCGCCGCCUUUGGUUCAGAGACGUUUUUCAAUCCGUCCGACUCGGGACCGACGGCGAACCUCGGGGACGGAUAAAGACACUGCGGCUGUAUUCUGGUGGACGUGGGAGAGCGGCUCCUGCUGGGCUAUAAAUAGCUUGUGCGUUUUUCGGAGCUCACGCUUUGUUUCGUCAGCACACUUUCUUCAAAAAGGGAAACAGAGAAGCACUUUUUCCCGUCAGCACAGACAAAUAUAACGCUCUUUAGACUUUGGGUAAAGGGAUCUGUGGCAUUAUUGAUUUAUUUUGGGAUGUAUACAGGCUUUUUAGAAGACAACGGUCUGGGUUCCAAUUUAUUUUUACGUUUUGGAGCUAUUCCUUAGAAUAUCUUUAAAUGUAUGAAGUCCCUUUUAUGAACCCUUUUUCAUGUGUAUGUAGUCUUGUGGAGAGUUGGCUUUAUGUUAAAAUAAGGACUUGUACUCUUGGUAUUUGAACACAUUCCUUUCAGAACGUGUGAGGACGGGAAAAUUGUUGGUUGAGAACGUAAAAUAAAUCUAAAAGGCGAUUUCCGGAUCCAUGUAGCUUCCCUGCUGAAUGUUUAGUCAUUGGUUCGCUCUUUAAAAAUGCUGUUGAUGUUUUCCAUGUGAUUUCUGAUACUUUUAUGGGGCCGCAUAUGUCCCUUGGCUGUAUGUCGAGUGGCCCAAAACAUGAACCCUUCCGAUGAUUGAGAGUACAGACGGAGAAAAGGAUUUUUCUAUAAGAAGUGCUUUUCAUGGAGGGCGUUUGAAUCCUUCAACCAAAUGGAAAGUUUGCAUAUGGCCUUUCUUGAAAGUGCUCGAUCAGAUAAUAAUGAGCAGCCAGAUGUGAGAAAGCUGUACAGAUGUGUAAAUAUUUAUCAAAAAGCAACAUGCACCACAGUGAAGAGAAUAUAAGGAUCAGGGUUUUCGGAUAUGAGCAUCAACACCUUACAUCACAGCGUAUUGUAGUAACACGCGAUUAACGUACACCGUCUCUCGCGUAGUCGUUUUGAUUUAUUCGGACAGUUUUAAAUGAGUCGAAGAAGCAGCCGAGUAAAAUCCACGUUGAGCAUCCUCUGAAUCAACUUUAUGUGUGCAGAACUUUUAUAACGCAUCUUCAAUCAACCCGAAUCGUCCCUCGGGUGCCGGAAAUGUCGGAAAGGUGUUUUAUUUUUGUAAGGAGAGAGGUGUUAUUCAGAGGAGGAGGAGGAGGAGGAGGAGGAGGAGGAGAGAGUCAGAGAGGCAUAAACCUGCCUUGAGAUUCUGUUGUGGAAAUGAGGGCUUGUUCAGUUUACAAAGGCCUUAUUUUGUGCACGAGACAUUGCUAUCACUAUUGUAGCACACAACUGAAAGUUUUGACAAAUGUAUUUUGCUUGAAAUGUACUGAAGUUAUAUAUGUGCAUAUGUAUAGUUUUCUGAAUGUAUUUCUUAAUCCUUCCACCAGAACGUGUCAUUUUUGUUUUUUAUUUGCUAACUCGUCUUCUUGAAGACUUUCCAGGGACCUCGCCUGCAUUUUACCGCUUUUACCGGAUUGUCUUAUUCUUUGUGUGGUCCUUUUUAAAAAGAUCAGCUCUGUGGUUGAAACAAGCAUGAGUUAUUUCUGGCCAAAUACAUUUUAUUUGAUAUUUGAUUUUAAAUCGCCACAAUGAGUUUCAGCAGAGAGGCUCCCCCCCCCCCCCCCCCCCACGCUGCAGAUUAAAUUAUCAAGUAGAUGGAAUGUUUAAAAAGAUUUUGUACUUUGAGCUUGAAAGUGUCCGCCGCAUGGUUACUCUGAUGCUUUUCAUCUAUUUAAUCUUCACGACUGCCACCAUAAUAAUCAUGACAAUGACGCGUCGUGAAGUCAGUUGGACCCGAGAAACAACGUCGACGGAAAGUCAUUGAGAUGCAAACAUCUUAAAGUAGCAUUUCUAACCUUCCACUUUCUGAAAUACUUGCGGCAGUGACCUCUGGCUAUUUAGAGUCAAACUGUGUGGAGACGACGAAUAACAUUUAAAGUAAAAGUCCCAUUUAGAAGCACUUGAUGUGAGAGCAUGUGAUGCAUUGUGAACAGCUAUUUUAUGAUCGCCCCCCCCCCCCCCCCUGUGAGCAACACCGUUUUGUUUAGGAGUUUUUGGUGUUGAUUUUCAUUUUUCUGAAGGAGCAUGCGUUCCGAAUGUCUGUUUACCAACAACACUGCUGAGCUGAUGCUCAAAAGAGGCAUGUUUGUCUCCGUCCACGUCUAUAAAUGUCGGGUAAUCACAGCACAAGUCUCCUCAGUAUCCAUUUUCUCCUUUUUAGCUGUCCGUCAAACUAUAUUAAGGCCGCUGUCAGUCCCCCCCCCCCUUCCCCGACCCGAAGGACCGAAGCAUCGGGUGAAACAAAAGCUCUGUGAGGUUGGAUUGCUGGUUUUGGCAGGAAUGUUUGUGCAGAAGGGCGAAGCCUGGCAGACUAUAUGAUGAAAUGAUGCUCACAAAGAGGAAAAAAAGGGAGCUGUAAUUUUAUACCUGUGCUUUGUAAAUGUUUUCUAUGUGCAGUAUUUGAUAAUGUAAAACUGGUAUUUUUGUGGUUUGUACGCUGCAGAAUUGAUAAACUUACGGUGCACGUAGUUUUGUAAGAAAAUUGAACCAAACUGAGGAAAAAAAAAAAAAGAACAAUUUCGGAUUCAGAAGCCUGUAUUUGCAUGCCCUUUGACAUCUGGACGUUAAGUCAAUAAAGUUUAUUUGAAUCACAAA